AUGGUAUCCAGAACUCCAACAGACUUGCCUUACAGUGAAACACCUUUGACAAAAUCUCCUGGAUUAUCUAAAGAUUAUGAUGUUUAUUUGAAGUGUGAAUUUGCUCAACCUUCAGGAUCUUUCAAAUCUAGAGGAUUGGGAUAUAUGAUUCAUAAAUCUUUCGAAAAGGCACAGAAAUCGAAUCUGCAAAUUCAUCUUUUCUCUUCUUCUGGUGGCAAUGCUGGUUUUGCUGUCAGUACAGCAGCUAGUUUUUAUAAUUUGCCAUGUACUGUUGUCUUGCCAAUCACCACCAAUUCGAAAAUGAAGCAAAAGAUUGAAAAUACUGGUGCAAAAGUUAUUGUUAAAGGGAAUCAGUGGAGUGAGGCUGAUGAAUACUUAAGGACUGAGGUUAUUUCCAAGGUUGAUCAAAAUGAAAUAUUGCCUAUUUAUUGUCAUCCAUUUGACAAUGAACUUAUCUGGGAGGGCCAUUCUACAAUGAUUGAUGAAAUCCUCUAUCAACUUGAUGAAAGCAAAAUCUCAAAAAUCAAAGGGUUAAUAUGCUCAGUUGGUGGUGGAGGCUUAUACAAUGGAUUGGUUCGGGGGUUGGUUAAAAAUGGUUUGAAUAUUCCUAUAAUGGCCGUGGAAACUGAGAAUGCGCCAACUUUGAAUAGAGCCAUCGAGGCAGAUAAGGUUGUUUAUUUGAAAGAAGUUAAUACCAUCGCUACCACAUUGGCAUGUUCAUAUAUCAGUUUGAAAUCGCUUGAAAAUUCAAGAUCUCAUUCAACUCAUCUGGUCUUGAUCACUGAUAGCAAUACAAUGGAAGGUGUCAUAAAGUUUGUUGAAGAUCACAAUGUCGUUACCGAGCCUGCCUGUGGUGCUUCGAUUUUUGCAGCCAAUAAUCGUAAGCUUUUGGAGAAAGCUUUUGGAAAAUUGAAUAAAGACGAUAUAGUCAUUGUCAUUGCCUGUGGCGGGUCUGCUACGAGUGUUGAAGAUGUUAUCCAAUACCGAUCUGUAAUUGACGGGGAAAAAUGA